CAGUGCGAAAGCUUUUAGUUGCACUUCGUAGUUUGCAGUGGUCACGAGAGAAUUUUUAACAACUGCGGUGUUAGUUUUCCCUUUUAUAUAUAGUAUAUAAUGGACACUGAACAUGGGGACUCCCCAUCGUAUACAUAUUUUGCCACCUCUCCUUCGGCAGAGACGGUCCUGAACAAGCAGCCGCCCUUCAACCCUACGCAGGUUCCUCCACCGUCUCGGACUACGUCGAUGACACGACCCGUACGGAACGAGAUCCACAUCACCAUUCCAAUCCAUGCCAAUCAGGGAAUAGUUUGUCCCUCCUGCCAGAUCCCCUAUAGUGAGAAACCAGUCCGCACCAUUAGGACUUACUUUUUCUCGGCGUUGCUCUGCCUUUUCCUUUGCUGGCCCUGCGUCUGCCUCCCUUGCUUGUUUAAACUGGGCUACAAAACUAUAAAAGUCUGUCCAAAAUGUAAGGAAAAAUUGUGAUCGUUUUGAAGACGCCAGCAAUAACCCUCGACGAUUUCAUAGAUACAUAUUCAUAUGUGUAAAUAUACAUAAAUACAAAGAAUGAAUAAAGAAAAUAUUAAUUCAUAAA